AUGGAUAGGUUUAUGCAGGUUUACAAAGAGAUCCAGGCAUUCUUGCUGCAGCAGCUGAUUACCGAUUACGAGAUGGACCCUAACCGUGUAAAUUACCUUCGAAAGAUGAUGGAUACAACAUGUCUGGGUGGAAAAUACAACCGUGGCAUAACUGUGGUGAAUGUUGCGGAAUCCGUCUUAUCUUCUUAUUAUCAUGAUGAGGCGCUUAAAGAGCGUGUCCUUCAUGACGCCUGUGUGUGUGGAUGGAUGAUUGAAUUUCUGCAAGCCCACUUUCUAGUGGAGGAUGAUAUUAUGGAUAGUAGCACAACACGUAGAGGAAAACCAUGCUGGUAUCGUCAUCCAGGUGUCACUACGCAGUCUGCCAUUAAUGAUGGACUUAUUCUUAAGUCUUGGGCACAUAUGAUGGCAUUACAUUACUUUGCCGAGCGUUCAUUUUUACAAGAGUUGUUGUGUCGCUUUCAUUCUGUUGACUACAUCACUGCUGUUGGUCAGUUUUAUGAUGUGACUUCCAUGUAUGAUUCCAAGAAACUUGACCCAGAUAUACAGCAACCAACCACAACCGAUUACGCAGAGUUUACCAUUGCCAAUUAUAAGCGUAUCGUCAAGCACAAGACCGCAUUCUACACCUAUUUACUCCCUCUUGUGAUGGGACUCCUUGUGAGUGGUGGUUUAUCAUCUGUGGAUAUGUCCGUCACGGAGCAUCUUGCCAUGCUGAUGGGCGAAUACUUCCAAGUGCAGGACGACGUGAUGGACUGCUUCACUCCACCAGAGAAACUUGGAAAGAUCGGCACAGACAUUGAGGAUGCGAAGUGCUCGUGGCUCGCCGUGACUUUCCUCGCAAAGGCCACACCCGCGCAGGUGGAGGAGUUUAAGGCGAAUUACGGCAGUAAAGAGGCGGUGAAGGUGGCGGUGAUAAAGCGACUCUACACAGAGACACACCUGCAGGAGGAAUUCACCGCCUAUGAAAAGAAUGUCGUCCAGCAGGUGGAGACACUUAUUGAGAAGUUGAAGAAGAACACACCAGCCUUCGCAGAGAGUGUGGCAUCAUUGUGGGGGAAAACAUAUAAGCGAGAGAAGUGA